AUGUCGAAAGCACCACGUCGAAUCUCAGUGGUUAGAAUUCCAAGACAAGUGUUAAAUCAAAUUGACUUCAAUGACACUCCUAAUGAUCGACAUAAAAACAACGAGGCAAUUCCUGCUAGGCCAUCCGAUCAACAGCGCACGAGCGAAGUAUUAUCCGAAGAGAAAGAGCAAAUCGUAAGUCUUCGUAAAUUCAAUCUGUUCCGUCUGAUCGAAAAGCUAAUGCUAGGAAAUAGCAAGAACAACGUCGUCGUCAAAGAAAACUCACCAGCCAACUGGUGUUCCACCUAUAUCGCUUGA